AUGGUUGGGAUAACAGAUGGAGAAUACAUGCAGAAGCAAUUUGAGUUUGAAGAAGAUUCUAAGUGUCUAGUGGAGGAACGAAUCUUUCCUCGUUCACAGCGGAGAUCUAUUGAGAUGAACAUUGCUCGGAAACUUAAAUUAAUGGAUUACAGUGCAUCUGUUGUGCAACAGACGAGUUUAACCUACAAUUCCACAUACUCUGAAGGUGUUUGUUCACGUGAUUGUCUCAAUGGUGGCUUUUGCAGUGGGGAUGAUACAUGUGACUGCAGUGAGCGCCAGGCUAAUGGAAGUCGUUGUCAGACAGUUCCAAAUCUUGGAGAGGACAGAGAAGGAAUAUGCAAGUCAUGGGGCCAAUACCAUUUUGAAACUUUCGAUGGUCUCUAUUUUUAUUUUCCUGGGAAAUGCUCUUAUAUUCUUGCAAAAGAUUGUAGGACAACAGAGCCUCAGUAUAUGGUGGAGGUCCACAACAACGCAGAGUGCACAUCUUCACAUUACUCUUGCUCAAGGACUUUAAGCUUAUUUUUUCCAAAUGAAGAGGAAAUAACUAUUCUUGGUCAUUCAGUUAAAAAAGGAAGAAUCAGAUUGCCCUUGCCUCAGACUAUUGGGCAUGCAUUCUUUGAGCGUCUGGCUGAUUACAUACUAGUGAAGACAACAUUUGGAUUUUCCUUGGCAUGGGAUGGGCUCUCUGGUGUUUAUAUCAAGCUUACAGAGGAACACAAAGGCAAACCCUGUGGUCUGUGUGGUAAUUACAAUGGAGAUAUGUCUGAUGAUCUCAAUGCAAGUUAUAGUAUGCUGACUGAGGAUGUUGCCAUCUUUGGAAACAGUUGGAUGUCACAAUCUCCUUUUGAUUCCCCAUGUGAAUCUGUUCCAUUUGAUUUCCCUAGUCCAUGUCGGUACAAAGGAGCAGCAAUUAAUGAUAUCAUUGCAAAAUGUGAAGUUCUAGUGGGUUUCCCUUUUUUUACUUGUCGUGAAAAUGUUCAGCCUAAUUCAUAUGUCGCCAGUUGUAUUAAUGAUCUGUGCGAGAUGGAUGAUACAGAAACUCAUUGUCGUGCAUUAAAGGAGUAUGCCAGGGCAUGUUCUCAUGCAGGCUACCCCAUAACAGACUGGAGAGAUGAUUUUCCUGCUUGCAUUGAUCAAUGUGAAGAUAGUUUUGUUCAUCGUGACUGUAUUAGUUGCUGCCCACCUACUUGCACAUUUGAAAAGGAGUGCUUGGGGAGUAGCUUGUACUGCCUAGAUGGUUGUUAUUGCCCUGAUGGACUUGUCAUGGAGAAUGGAACUUGUAUAUCAGUGUCUAAUUGUCCAUGUAUAUACCAUGGCACAGUCUAUCCUAUAGGAUCUCAUUUACAGGAGGGCUGCAAUAUGUGCAUUUGCAGAGGUGGUGUUUGGAAUUGUACAGACAGUGAUUGCCCAGCUGAAUGCUCAGUCACAGGAGACAUGCAUUUUACCACCUUUGAUGGUCGGAUUUUUACAUUUCUUGGCACGUGCCAGUACAUCUUUGCAAAGAGCCACAGAAGUAACAAGUUCACUGUGACAUUACAAAAUAUGCCUUGUGGUCAGAAUCUGGAUCACAGUUGCAUUCAAUCAGUAACCUUGGUGAUAGAAGGUGAUACAAGUAACCAAGUAACCUUAACCAGAGCGGGAGAAAUCCACCUUGGCAUCCACCAGGCGAUUAGCCUGCCAUAUAACAAUGGAAUAAUUGAAAUCCUUAGGUUGUCAUCUUUAUUUGUACAAGUGAAGACAACCUUUGGUCUCUCAAUGAAGUUUGAUAAUGAAGGUGGAAGGCUGUAUCUCCAGGUUGACAGCAGAUGGAAGAGGAACACUAUGGGUCUGUGUGGAACAUAUAAUGGAAACUUACGGGAUGACUUUCAUUCCCCUGUAGGUAUGAUUGAAGGUACGCCACAGUUACAUGCCAACGCAUGGAAGAUUUCAUCAGCUUGUAUAACUCCAGUAAAUAUUCCUUUAGUUGAUCCCUGUGAUACCAACCAACAAAAUGCUUUAUAUUCAUCCACAAUGUGUGAUAUUCUCAAUCAAGAACUCUUUGCACCAUGCCAUACCUUCGUGAAUCCCAGUGUCUAUUAUCAACAGUGUCGCUAUGAUGCUUGCAAAUGUGGAAGUUUGUGCAUGUGCACUGCCCUUGCACACUAUGCCUAUCUUUGUGCCAAACACAAAGUUUUCAUUGAUUUCAGAUCAGAGGUGUCAGACUGUGGUGUCAUGUGUCCGGCUACCAUGCUGUAUCACACUUGUUCUUCCUCUUGUGGUCGGACCUGCCAAUCACUUUCUUUAUAUGAAGUUUGUGGUGAUGAUUGUGCCGAAGGCUGCAACUGCCCCAAUGGAACAUUUUAUGACGAAGUAGUACGACGCUGUGUAACAGAAUCGCAGUGCUCCUGUCACUUUAUGGGAGGAAUAUUUCAGGCAGGAGAGGUCACAUUCAGUAACUCGGGACCAUGUUUGUGCAGGAAUGGAAGGGUAGGAUGUGCUCCCACAGAACCAGAACCUGAACCAGGGGUGUGCCCGAACAAUAAGAGAUAUUUUGACUGUAGAGAUCCUCAGCCUGGCCUGCCUUGGACAGGAGCAGCAUGUGAGGUCACGUGUGAAAACUUAAUGAUGAACAUUACCUGUUCACCCAUGACACCAUGCAUUUCAGGUUGUGUUUGUCCUCCUGGAUUGAUUAAACAUGGUGGAGACUGCUUUCUGCCUGAAAGUUGCCCAUGCAGCUGGAAAGGGCAGGAAUAUUUACCUGGAGAAGUAGUUUCCACACUCUGUUACACUUGUAUAUGUCAGCGAGGAGUUUUUAACUGCUCGUACCACCCAUGUCCUUCAGUGUGCACCAUCUACAGUGAUCGGCAUUAUCGUAGCUUUGAUGGCCUGGAGUAUGAUUAUGUCAGUGACUGCCAAGUAUACUUAGUAAAGAGCACCACCAAUUUGAAUGUUUCCAUAACAACUCAAAAUGUGGAUUGUUAUGAUAGUGGAAUCAUUUGCAUGAAGUCCCUCGUUAUUUCUGUUGGAAGCACCCAUCUUCAUUUUAAUGACAACUCUGGGAAACCAACUUUGUCUGGAGUGAGGAGGGAAGCUAAUGAUUUUCAGCUGUGGAAGGCAGGUUACUACUCAGUGGUACACUAUCCACAACAGGAGAUUACAGUGUUUUGGGAUAAAAAGACAACCAUUCACAUUCAGGUUGGACCACAGUGGCAGGGUAAGCUAACAGGAUUGUGUGGAAAUUUUGACAAAAGUACGGCAAAUGACAUGACAACAUCAAAUAACAUGGAAGUAAGCAACGCCCAAGCUUUUGGAGAUAGCUGGGCUCUUGGACAGUGUGUGAGUAGAAAUGGUAUCACCCGGCCAUGUGAAGCAGACUUAAUCAGGCAGCCAUUUGCAAAGAGAGAAUGUGCUAUUCUGUACAGUGAAGUUUUUGCUCCUUGUCAUAAUGUGGUUGAUGUCACCUGGUUUUACAAGAAUUGUCUCACCGACACGUGUAACUGUAACCGUGGCGGGGACUGUGAAUGCUUUUGUACCAGUGUUGCAGCUUAUGCACACAAGUGCUGUCAAAAAGGAGUGGCAAUCAAUUGGAGGUCACCUAAUGUUUGCCCUUUUGACUGUGAAUAUUACAAUCAAGAUCUUGGAGAAGGACCAUAUUUGCUUAUCAACUACUUGUGGAAUGAUACAGUUAUUGCAAGCAACAGGAUAAAUGGGGACAUUAUACCCUUGCAAAUAAACAAUGCUGGAGAGAACAAUUUAAUGAAUUUCAUGAUUACACCUGGACUGUACAAGGCAAAACACUCAACAUUGCCUGUUGUUUCCCUUGAGUCUGCUGAAAGACCAAAUUACUUCCUACACAUUGGUGAAAGUGAUGAUCUACGCUUAAAGCAGUGGGAAGACAACCAACAUUUCCAUAAAGCUGCUUCAUUCAUUCAUCACCAGAACAACUGGAUCUCAGGCUAUAGUACCUUUGAAUUAUACAGCAGGAAGGGAUAUUUCAUUUCACUCACACCAUCAGCUGUUAAAGUAGUUCAAUAUGAGUACUCCGAAUCAUUUAAACUCUCAAGCAGCUUUAGAAUUGAAGAAAGCAGCAAGGUUAUACCAUACAGAACAAUGUGUGAAUAUCGAUAUGAAGCCUGCAUCAAUCCUUGCAUCAAAACAUGUAGUGACCCUCAUGCAAUAGCCUGCAAGUUUUUAUCACCGGUAGAGGGAUGUAUGGCACAUUGCCCAAAGGACAUGCUAUUUGAUGAAGUCACACUCCGAUGUGUUCAUCCAGAGGACUGUAUCAAUGUAACCGCAACAGAUUUACCUUAUCUAACACCUACAACAACAGAAGCAGCAUACAGAUCACCCACCACACCAAUGACUCCAAUAGUAAGAGAGUUAACAACUUCCAUUACUGGCCCAUUGCCAGCUCUUUCAACAAUGAGAACAGUUACCUCAAAACCCCUGGUAACUACCCCUACAUCAGCUCACACAACAUCUUUUACAUCCACGGAGCUUUCAAUUUUAAGUUCUACAAAGACCACGCUAACUUCUGUCAGGAGUACCAGAACAACAAAUGGGAUAACAGCGGUUCCAGCCCAGCUUAGAACUUCCAUUUACACUACUGAAAAGAUGCCACCUUCCACAAGUACAGCUUUUCGAACCAUAUCUGCUAGCAACAGAUCUGAAGUGAUUACUUCCUCAACACAUGUUGCAGAAACUACUGUUCUGCCAGAAGUUAUGAAGACUCAGUAUAGUACAUCCAUUGAAAGCACAACAGCUACAUUGAGUCAACAGUCAACAGCAGAGAAGUCUGAAAUCACAACAGAGGAGAUUACCAGCCAGUCUGUAGCACCAGUCACCAUGAGCAGGACAACCACCCUCACUCCAGAAAUGCACGUCACCCUUGAAACAACACCAGCUUCCCCAGUUUCAGCUUCAUCUACGAGUGUUCAGGAGAAAGCCACAUCAGAACUGUCCACUGCAUCACUGACUCCUCCUUCUACUCUGACAGCAUCUAUUUCUGCAGCUUCAACUAGUCCUCAGCCAGAAGCAACAGUUACAUUUGGUAUCUCAACGAUACCCUCUUAUUCUCAAACCGAACCACCAUCAGUGACUCCAACACUGUGCACAAGGCAUCAUGGAGGAAUGGCCUUCACUGGCAAAUUUAUCAGUGGUGUCCCAACUCUAGCCAAACCCUUUCAAUCAAUGCAGGAACAAGCUACCACACUCCGGUGCCCUUUUAAUGUGACACAGCCAAGUUGUGGUUUUCUGGGAAUGCCUGUCCAAAUCAACAGUGACAGGUGCUGUCCACAAUGGGAGUGUCCAUGUCGCUGCUCAAUGUUCUCUGACCUACACAUCAUUACAUUCGAUGGCAAUGAUGUAGGAGUUUAUGAUGCUGCAGCCUAUGUACUGACUCUGUUACCACAGGAAACUAUUGUUGCUCACAUUGAACAGUGUCCAACCCGUGAGAGUGCCAAUUCUAUAAGGCGUCCUGUGCCUGGAGGAAACUCUGGAUUAUGCUUUAAAAAGCUGAACAUAACCUCACAUAACCACAGAGUUCUCAUCGAUCGACUUGAAAGACUGACAACUGUAAACUCUCGACCUGCUCGACUCCCCUUCACAAAAUUAGGCUUCCACAUACAGGACACUGGAGCAAUGUACCUGAUUGGAACCCCAGCUGGUGUUACUAUUCAGUGGUAUCGUAGCACGGGCAUCAUUGUGUUGGAAUUUGGUUUGCCUUCCAACAGAACCAUAGGAACUAAAGGCUUAUGCGGAUGCUGCAAUGGUAGCCCUGCUGACGACCUCAAGCUGCCGAAUGGGACCAUUGUUACAGAAGUGGAAAACAUCGGACUUUUUCUUGAAAGCUGGAUGGUUGAAACAUCUGGACUAGAGAGAGAUUGUUUUCGAUGCCGAAAACAGAAUUGCACCACUGGUAACUGUACUGCUUGUUUUGAAAUGUUGAAUCAGAAUCCUUGGAUCCUAUGUCAUCAGCAUGUCACUCCAGAAAUAUUUUGUGAGCUCUGGAUUAGAGAUUUUCACUAUGUGACACAUCAGUGUGAUGCUUUGGCUUUAUAUGCAGCUGCUUGUAAUAAAUACAAUGUUUGUAUUCCAUGGAGAACUCCAGAAUUUUGUCCACUUAGCUGCCCUGUUGGCAUGGAAUACCAACCUUGUGUGCCAGCUUGUGAAAGCAAAAUGUGUCAGAAUAAGGACUUCUAUUUGGAACAUGACCCCACUUGUUCAUUCAUCAGUGAGAGUUGUGUCUGUCCACGAGGGACUGUACUUCACCAACCAGAUUCCAACUACUGUGUUACAGAAGAAAAAUGUGCUUGCACAGACAAUGAAGGCCGACCACGUUCAGCAGGUGAGACCUGGAAUGGAUCUCAUAAAGGGUGCUGUAUGUACAAGUGCUUGGAUAAUGGAACCAUCAUCGCCAUAGAACCUGAAUGUAGUGAAGUACCAUCACCAAUCUGUGAAAGAGAAGGAGAGUUAAUUAUUGAUGUAAUUGAAGAGGGAGCAUGCUGUCCAAAGAAGAUUUGUGAAUGCAAUUUGACUAUAUGUGGAAGUGAUGUGCUGACAUGUGAAAAUGGAGAUAAAUUGAUGAUAGGCUAUAGUGCCAUCUCCUGUUGUCCUGAGUACCGAUGUGAAUGUGAUCCUCUGGCAUGUCCAACCAGUUCACCACCAGUAUGCAGGGAGGACCAGUUUCUUGUUGAAGUGCGAAUAGGCGAUUCUUGCUGUUUCUCAUUUCAGUGCGUGUGCGAGUCAUGCAUUGACCCAAUUCCUACAUGCAAUGAAGGAGAUGUUCUUGCAGUAGAUCUCAACACUGUUGAUCGUUGCUGUCCACUCUACCAUUGCGUCUGCGAUGAAAAUAUGUGUCCCCCUCCUGACAAGACCUGUGCAGUUGGAAUGAAACUAGUGAAGAGACAUGUUUCAGGGGCCUGCUGUCCUGAUUGGCAGUGUGAUUGCAGCUGUGAAAACACAACUAUUAAGACAUGUAAAGUGUUUGUUGGUUCAUCAAAAUUGAAGCAGUUUUCUGUUCAUCAAGGAAAAGCUGAUGUCUGUCUCUUCCAAGGCGUCACUGCACUAAAACCUGGCCAGUCACUAUUUCAGCACCUUGAAGGUGAUCAAUGUUACAUAGCAAGUUGUUUCCAGCAGGCAGAUCCAGCCACAGAAUCUCCUUCAAUGGAAGUGUCAAUAGUUAACUGUUCAGCAAAAUGCGAACCCCACCAAGUCUAUAUUCCUUCAAAUGAUCCCCAUGUUUGCUGUGGAACCUGUAAGAAUAUGUCAUGCCCUUUUGAGGAAGAAGGGAGCAUAGUUUUGCAUAAGGCAGGAACCUCCUGGAUUGCUGACUGUAUCAGAUAUGAAUGUCUGGAGACAACUGUUGGAGUCAUUAUGCUUGGCUCUGGAAUUGUCUGCCCACCAUUUAAUGAGACUGAAUGCAUACAGAAAGGGGGAGUUGUAAAGUACAUGGACGGUUGCUGCAGGACUUGCAAAGAAGAUGUAAGGCCUUGCCGGAAAUUAGAUGUCAAAAUGAUCAUAAGAAAAGAUGACUGCCGUACCACUGGCGCUGUCAUUGUGGCUUCUUGUGAUGGUAAGUGUCCAUCAGCCAUGAUAUUCAACACUAAUAUCAACAGCUAUGCAAAAUUCUGCAAAUGCUGCCGAGAAGUUGACCUCACAGAUCAGACUGUGCCACUUUAUUGUGUGGGAAAUGCCACUUGGAUUAACUUUACAUUUCAAGAGCCAACAGAUUGUUCCUGUCGAUGGAAUUAAACUGCUUAUAGUAUGCGUCAAACAUAUGAUUGGAGAAUGGCCUAGGAAUUGGUUGUUGUCUUACUAGAAAUAUGCUCA